GCUUCCUUAAUUAUUCUAAAUCUUCCGUCUUACUCAAGAUCAUCCGAAUGCUUGGGUUGAAUUGAAAGUUACGUGAAAUAUCGCGAGGAAUUUUUCUUCCCGAGCCGUCUUGAGCUCGAAGAAGAUUUUGGUUUCAUUUUAACUCAUGACCUCAAAAUGCCUGCAAUAUUGAAGCUAAGAGAUCUUAUUCGAGCCAUCAGAGCAGCUCGUACUGCAGCAGACGAACGUGCUGUUAUUUCAAAAGAAUGUGCCCAAAUACGGGAUAUAUUUCGUGAAGAGGACAAUGACUUUAGGUCCAGAGCAGUGGCCAAGCUUCUAUACAUUCAUAUGCUCGGUUACCCGGCACAUUUUGGACAGUUGGAAUGUUUGAAACUGAUCGCAUCCCCAAAGUUUACGGACAAGAGAGUCGGUUAUCUUGGUGCUAUGAUGUUGUUGGAUGAAAGACAGGAUGUUCACUUACUUAUAACGAAUUCCUUAAAAAAUGAUUUGAAUCACAACAGUCAAUUCAUCAUUGGACUGGCAUUAAGCACACUGGGAAGUAUCUGCUCUCAAGAAAUGAGUCGUGAUUUGGCAGGUGAAAUCGAGCGAUUAUUAAAAACAUCCAACAGUUUCACUCGCAAAAAGGCUGCUUUAUGUGCUGUUCGAAUUAUUCGUAAGGUACCAGACUUGAUGGAAAUUUUUGUCCCAAUAACGAGGUCACUUUUGAAUGAGAAAAACCACGGCAUUCUCCUGACUGCCACUUGUCUCAUUACCGAGAUGUGCGAACUUAAUCCAGAGAUCGUGGCGCAUUUUAGAAAACACGUGUCGACUUUGGUGAAGAUUCUCAAGAACCUAAUCAUGUCUGGUUAUUCACCUGAGCACGAUGUCUCAGGCAUCAGCGAUCCCUUUCUUCAGAUUCACGUCAUCCGUUUGUUGCGUAUUCUUGGGAGGAACGACGAAGAAGCAAGCGAUACGAUGAAUGAUGUACUUGCACAGGUGGCAACGAAUACGGAGACAAGUAAAAACGUCGGCAAUGCUAUUUUAUAUGAAACUGUUUUGGCCAUUAUGGAUAUCAAAUCAGAAAGCGGUUUACGAGUCUUGGCUGUGAAUAUCUUAGGAAGAUUUUUGUUGAAUAAUGACAAGAACAUUCGCUAUGUCGCCCUCAAUACUUUGUUAAAAACUGUCAGCGCCGACUAUCAAGCUGUCCAGCGUCAUCGCAGUACCAUUUUGGACUGUCUAAAGGAUCCUGAUAUUUCUAUACAAAGGCGCGCAGUGGAACUUUCGUUUGCUUUGAUAAACUCCAAUAAUAUACGUGGCAUGGUGAAGGAACUUUUGGCUUUUCUCAAUAACGUUGAUCCUGAUUUGAAAUCAUACAUAACAUCGAAUAUCUUCCAAGUUGCUGAGAAACAUGCUCCCAAUAAAAGGUGGCACAUUGAUAUAAUGAUGAAAGUUUUAACUACAGCUGGAAACUAUGUUCGUGAUGAUACAGUUCCAAGUCUUAUUCAUAUGGUUGCGUCAAGUGAUACUUUACAAGCUUAUGCUGUUCAGCAACUAUUCACUGCCAUUCAAGAUGAUAUUAGUCAGCAAUCAUUAGUACAAGUUGCUGCAUGGUGUACCGGAGAGUUUGGUGAACUUUUGUUUAAAGAUAUUGACGAAGAUGAAUCUCUGAAUGUGACCGAGAACGAUGUCGUGGAUAUUCUUGAAGGAAUGUUGGCGAGCAAUCAAUUGAAUCAAGUCUCAAAAGAAUAUUCCUUGAAUGCGCUAAUGAAACUGAGUACAAGAUUUACAUCAAAUCUUGAGUGCGAUAAAAAAUUGAUUCACCGUUUCUCUGAUAACAUGGACGUCGAGCUUCAACAAAGAUCUGUUGAAUAUGUGAAACUGUUUAACUACGAUGAAAUGAGGAUCGGUCUGUUAGAGAGAAUACCCGUAUUGGAUACGAAGAAUGGAACCGUCGAGAAUGGCGAAGUUAAAGAAAGUGUCCACGAGGAACAACCUGUUCCUGAACAGAAGCAAAAUAAACCAACAGAGUCCACCACGCUUCUCGAUCUUCUUGGCGACACGUCAUCUGCGCCUGCCCCAUCAACCCAACCGCAGGCAUCCCAACCGCCAGCAUCCCUACCUCAACCCACUCCCCCCUCCACCAAUGGUAGCAAUCUUCUAGACCUGCUAGGUGAUCUUGACAUGAAUGUCACAAAUUCAGCACCACCACCUUCGAUGAACUCAGUCCCUCCAGCUGCACCUAAUACCAUGGUUAAUUUGUUGGAUGGUCUUUCCUCAAAUCCAUCCCCCGUGGUACAGCAAGAUUACACAAAUAAUCUCAUACCUUCGUUCAACCAACCGUUGGCCGCGCAGCAAGGUAUUCCGUCGUUAAUAGCGUACGAUAAAAUGGAAUCAAAAGACUUCAGCUUUCAAAAAGUUGAAAAUAAUCCUGCCAAUAUUGUGGAUAUUUCAUUAAACGUAACCAACGCUAUGGCCGUUCCUGUCACUGAUUUUGUAUUUCAAGCAGCAGUACCUAAGACCCUACAGCUUCAACUUCAGAGUCCAUCUGGGAAUACAAUUCCACCAAAUAAUUCUGGACAAAUAACGCAACUGGUUAAAGUUGCCAAUCCACAGAAGGCGCCGUUACGUAUGCGAAUCAAAGUGAAUUACGUCAUCAACGGCUCGCCAGUCUCCGAUCAAGCCGAGAUUAACAAUUUUCCUCAACUCUGACAAAUCAUGGAUCAUAUAAUCUGCUUCAUUAUUUCAUAAAACGAUUUUGGAGUAUUUGACAAAUAUUUCUACGCGAAACAUGCGUGUCAGUAUUCAGUCGUGUUUAAUGCAAAUGCUUUUUGAAAUUCGUGUGGCAUUUGUAUACAAAACUACGUGAAUUAUUAUCAAGAGGUUUUUCAUUCACUUACAACCGCCAAUAUAUUGAUUUUGAUUUUAUCGGAGAAAUGUGUUUUUGAUUAUUUUUGCUAGAAAUAUUUGUACACGCGAAACUGUGGAAUUCUUUAAUUCGUUGUAGAUUUUUACUACCAUAAGAGAGAGAAACAGAUAAAGUUUAAUUUUGAGA